GUGACCGCCGCGGGGCUGUGGGUGGGGCGGUGGCCGCAGCUGUGGCAUUCACGUUUGGGGCUGGAGAGAGAGACAGGGACUUGCCUGCCCUGGGAACCCCGUUGAGGGCCCAGGGCCGCGGGCGUUGGAGAAAGUCGCCCCGAGCGGCUCGCCGCUGGCCGGAGGAGAGGCGGCCCUGGGAGCCGGCGUCCCGCCCCCGGCGGCCUCCUUUGCUCACCCUCCUCCCGGGCUGCGCGCGGGCGCCGUAGCUCUGUUUCGGGGGCUGCGGCGGGUCCCGCCGAGCGGGCUGGACGGGACCGUGCCCCCGAGGACUCGCUGGAGAAGAGGGAGCGCGGUGGCUCGGGCCGAGCGCCCAGAGGUCAGGCCGCGGCUGCCGGGCCGUGGUACUCCGUCCUUCGGGAGCCCUCCUGGCUGGAGCCCGCGACCUCCCAGCGCUGCUUCUGCUUCUCCUCUGACAAUGCCGGCAAGUCCCCUGGCUGGGUGAUUUUUCCGUCCUUGCUUUUGCCGAGAAGGAGAUAGAUAUUUAAAGGAUAUCUGUCCUCAGCGCUACCCCUCUCCUCUUAAAAGUUUUCCUUCAGUGGGAAUGCUUGCAUUCCUUCCCUGGACCACUUGAUGGUUCCCACUCCAGCUGCCUUCUGAUUUAGCAACUGGAAUAACCUUCAGAUCUAAUCUUAAAAAUUGGCACUUACAAAAUUACAGAGUUGUGCUCUCCCGACUGAGAAGGGCAAAUGGACUUUGGAAUUAAGAUGCAGGGGGGUGAACCAGUGUCAGCAAUGAAAGUCUUGGAGAGCGAAGGGAAACUGGAGGGCCUGGCCACAGCGGUGGCCCCGAACAAGAACAGCAGCAGCCGCGGUGGCGGUGCAAAAGGCUGGCAGUACAGUGAUCACAUGGAAAAUGUUUAUGGCUACUUAAUGAAGUAUACCAACCUCGUCACUGGGUGGCAGUACAGGUUUUUUGUUUUAAACAAUGAAGCUGGGUUAUUGGAGUACUUUGUGAAUGAACAGUCUAGAAAUCAAAAACCCAGAGGUACUUUGCAGCUUGCAGGAGCUGUGAUAUCACCCAGUGAUGAGGACUCUCAUACCUUCACUGUAAAUGCUGCCAGUGGGGAACAGUAUAAACUCAGAGCCACAGAUGCUAAAGAGCGACAGCAUUGGGUUAGCAGACUUCAGAUAUGUACACAACAUCACACUGAAGCUAUUGGAAAGAAUAAUCCUCCUCUGAAAUCACGGAGCUUCUCGCUUGCAUCUAGUGGCAAUUCUCCUAUAUCCCAGAGGAGACCAAGUCAAAAUGCCAUUUCUUUUUUUAAUGUUGGACAUUCCAAACUACAAUCAGUGAGCAAAAGAGCUCACUUACCUCCAGACCAUCUUGUGGAAGUCAGAGAAAUGAUGUCUCAUGCUGAAGGACAACAAAGAGACUUAAUUAGACGAAUCGAAUGCCUUCCUGCUUCUGGCCAUCUUAGUUCCUUGGACCAGGAUCUCUUAAUGCUCAAAGCUACUUCCAUGGCAACUAUGAACUGCUUAAACGACUGCUUUCAUAUUCUCCAGUUGCAGCAUGCAUCACAUCAGAAGGGCUCAUUGCCUUCAGGAACGACAAUCGAGUGGUUAGAACCAAAGAUACCUUUACCAAACCACUAUAAAAAUGGAGCUGACCAGGCCUUUGCAACUGAGCAGAGUAAGCCAGUGGCAGUCCCAGAAGAGCAGUGUGUUCCAGAAUCUGGACUAUUAGCAAGGGAACCUGAAGAAGUAAAUGCAGAUGAUGAGGUAGAGGAUACAUGUGACAACAAGGAGGGUGACCUGGGAGCCGUGGAAGAGCAACGCAGUGUUAUCCUGCAUCUCUUGUCACAGCUUAAGCUGGGCAUGGACUUAACAAGAGUGGUGCUUCCUACCUUUAUCCUAGAGAAGCGUUCCUUGCUGGAAAUGUAUGCAGACUUUAUGUCUCAUCCAGACCUGUUUAUAGCCAUCACCAAUGGAGCCACGGCUGAGGACAGAAUGAUUCAUUUUGUUGAGUACUACCUUACCUCAUUUCAUGAAGGCCGAAAGGGAGCCAUUGCUAAGAAACCGUACAAUCCUAUUAUUGGAGAAACAUUUCACUGUUCUUGGAGGAUGCCAAAAAGCGAGGUAGCCUCCAGUGUUACGAGCAGCUCUUCCACUCAGGCAGUCACAAAUCAUGCUUCUCUAUCAGAGGAGGCUUUGAGCCAGGUGGGAUCAGACUGUUACACAGUCAGAUUUGUUGCUGAGCAGGUUUCCCAUCAUCCUCCAGUCUCAGGAUUUUAUGCAGAAUGUGCUGAGAGGAAAAUGUGUGUGAAUGCACAUGUCUGGACUAAGAGCAAAUUCUUAGGCAUGUCAAUAGGUGUGACAAUGAUUGGAGAAGGUGUCCUCAGUCUGUUGGAACAUGGAGAAGAGUAUACCUUUUCCCUACCCUGUGCAUAUGCCCGGUCAAUUUUAACUGUUCCUUGGGUGGAAUUGGGUGGCAAAGUCAGUGUCAACUGUGUAAAAACUGGGUAUUCAGCCAGCAUCACUUUUCAUACUAAGCCAUUUUAUGGUGGCAAACUGCACAGGGUUACAGGUGAAGUAAAACAUAAUCUCACCAACACUGUGGUAUGCAGAGUGCAAGGGGAAUGGAAUAGUGUUCUUGAGUUCACUUAUAGCAGUGGAGACACCAAGUGUGUGGACUUGACUAAGUUGGCAGUGAUGAAGAAAAGAGUAAGACCUCUGGAGAAGCAAGAUCCAUUUGAAUCCAGGCGAUUAUGGAAAGACGUGACAGAUUCUCUGAGGGAAUCUGAAAUUGAUAAGGCUACAGAGCAUAAACGUACCCUGGAGGAACGUCAGAGGACUGAAGAAAGGCAUCGUACUGAAACGGGCACACCCUGGAAAACGAAAUAUUUUAUUAAAGAGGGAGAUGGCUGGGUUUAUCACAAACCCCUUUGGAAAAUAAUUCCAACAACACAACCAGCAGAGUGACACACACUAUCUGAGACUUGACCAAAUGAAAUUCUUUUCUGUUUACCCUAAAUCCUCCCAGAAUGGAAUCAUUGCACUGAGUGACCUGCUUCCUGAUUGCACAGACUGAGACUAGCUCAGCAUGAUGUACCUGGUAGCGCACUGUAGGACUGCGGCAAGACCAAAGUGUUGGAGAAGCACGAUGGCCCUCUCACCAACAUAUUCCUGUGAUGUGAGCAAUAUCAUAGAACUUUUCACCUGAAUUCUUAGGUGAUUAAUCUUUCAUCCAGUUCCUGCUCCUAAAGCUAAGUUUGAAUCCCCUAUUUUCUCGUGGGGGCAGCAGAGAAACACACCAGUGAGAACUCAGUGGUUUUGAUUUCUUUAUUGUGAGAAGUGAAGUCUCUUCCCGCGUCUGUGCUCUGCUUUCUGUCAGUAACUGAAGUAUUCGCUACUCUUAAAAGCAAACCAAGAGGAGGAGGAAGAUGACCCAGAAGUGGAUUCAGCCAUUGUGCCUGAAAUCAGUGUUAAAAAAAUCAGAUUGUAGUAACAAGUUAUUCUGUUCUUCAGAGAGACUGUGCCUGUGUCUGAGGAACUUACCAUUAUCCACCUCUGUUGGAACUGUCUUUUAAAAAGUAUAUUUAUAAAUUGAUUAGAAUUAUAACCAUGGAGAAUUUUUUCUUCUGAUCAUUUUAAUAUACUUGAAAACAACAUUGACUUGAAAAAUUUCAGAACAUUUUUCAGCACCUAGUUUUAUUAAAUAUUACACUUGAGAGACAAUUUUUAAAAAUAUGUUCAUGUCAAUAUGAUGAGAUUUUGGCCUUUCUCAAGAACUGAGGCAUUAAAAAACAUAAGCAAAUAUUAAAAAAUAAAACUGUUACUUUUUCCCUUACUCUUUUUUUUCACUUGUAGGUUAAUAUCCAGUAUUAUGUGCUAUCCCUUGGAUAAGUUAUAUUUUAUCUUAUCUCUGUUCACUCAAAAUGUAAAACAACUAUUCGUAUUUGUCAGUAAUUCAGAAGUUAUAUUUAUAUGAGUGCACGUACCGUAUGGUUUUAUUUUCUUUUCAAGGAAACUGAAAUGCUGAAGAAAGAGUAUGAAAUAAAAAGAUAUUGGGAAGUUGUAUUCAGGUACAAAUCUUUUUUUUUAAAUAAGUAUUUUAUUGAAUUUGAAGAAUUGCUGGCAUUUAAAAGAAUAGUGUUAAUUAUGGCUUUCAUCAUUCAAGUAUUUAUUGAGCACCUACUUAUGGUGCUCAACACUUGUUACUGCAAGCUACCUUAAUUUUCCAAGAGUGGUGCCUUACUGUUUCUUCUGAUAUGGUCUUCCAAUCAAUGUGUGUAACAUAUACCUGUUAUUCAUCAGCCAUUGUAGGUGGCUGUAUCUGUUGCAUCAUAAGAAGUUUAAGCUUUGUGCUCUGAUAAAUUGUGUUUUAUUGAAGGGGUAAGUAGGAUGAAAACAGCAAAACAAUACUUUUUCAACAACUUGUAAAUUAUAAGAAAAUAAUUGGUUUAUGUACAACCAUUUUAUUGAUCCCCUUGUUCAUUUUUGCUGUGAAAUGCACUGAAAAAUCUCAAAAUGAGUUCUAGUUCAUGUGUUGGGAAGAUUGAAAAAUAAUAAAACUAGAGAACAAUGAUGGCUUUGUCUACUUUAUGAAUGAGAAAAAUAGAAAGUUUGUAUUUAGAGGAGUUAAUUGCCCUAUUCAUUUGGGAUGGACAUUGAUUUUCUCUUUAAGUCCUUAUCUACAGGAAUCUCUUCCUUAAGCAGAAGUGAAUAGAUUCAAUAAGAGUUUUUAAAAAUUAAAAUAUUUUAAUUUUACUGUCUUUUAAAUAUACUGGACAUACAGCAGGAACAUAGAAUGAAAUUAGAUUUUUGUUUUGUUCUUUGCAUCAGUUAAAUGUCCAUUUGUUUCUUUGAGUUUUUGAGCCAUUUUAAGAAUUAUUGAGAUAGGAUUUUUUAAAUUCUUAUGCAAAAACAUUACAUUUAUGAGUAUUGAAACCUCCCCACAUUAUUGGGUUAAAUGUGGACAGGAAUGAAGUCGUACUGUUUUAGGGUGAUUGUUCUGCCUUGUCCCUGUCUUCAUGAUGUCUCACUGCAGCUUACCUUCCUAUCAGGCCUUGUCUGUUUUUUGUUUUUUUGUUUUUAUCUACACCUUAUUAAUAUUUGACCAGAGAAAUGAGUCUUUGUAGCAAUUGCUAUAUAUAUAUAUCUAUCUCUCUUUGGGGCCAGAAUUUUACAUGUACGGUCUCUGUACUCUUUCUGGCUAUUAGGAAAUCUGUGACAAGAAGUCCAAGACUAGAAGCAACAAAAAGAGAAUGUUCUGGCCAUGUAUUUGAGCUUUUAUACUUUUACCAUGGAGAUAACACUUACCACCCUAUACCUUCUGUCAAAUAUUUGUUUAAGCCCCAAAAUCAUGUUCCAGUUAGUUGCAUUUUGAAUAGACAAUUUUUAAGCCCUAGAAAAGUAGUCCUAGAUUGUACUUGGGGAGAUAUCGCAUCUACAUACUGAUACACUGAACUCUGCAAGUUAUGACCAGCGUCACCUCUAAUGCCUUCUUGUUACCAAAAAGAAGAAGAAGAAGAAAAGUAUUGAAUUCCUCACUCCAUAAUCCUAGUUAAAUUUAGGAUUACCUAAGUAUUAUACCUAGUUAUUCUUUACUGUCACUAUAAAUAUCUGGUACUUGAAGAACCAACUUCUACAGAUGAAUCUUAAAGGAUUUAUUAAUUAGAAAAUCCUGAAGUUUUGUUAAAAAUAUUGCCUUUAGAUGAAGGCUUACUUCUUUGAAGUGUAUUACCCCAGAAAAAGGCAAAUUGGUAUGAAUACUCCCUACAUCUUGGAGGGAUUCCUUAGAGCUACUACAAUGACUGGAAGCUGAGUGGUGAUUCAACAGCGAUAGCAGGAAAAGAAAGAAAAGAUGAUUCUACCAGAUGAGGAUAAAAAAGACAAAGCUCAUAUACAUAAAAAUUAAGAUUUUAGUAGAGUAUAUAUUCCAGUGGCAUAAAACCCCUACUUGUUUCAGAAACCAAGCUGCACAAGGAGUUCUUACAUAUUAUAAAGCAUUUUCACUCAGAGUUCACAACAACCCUGUGAAAUUGGAAAGUUGGGGAUACUGUUCACACUUGACAGAUAAGAAAUUAUUGCUCAAAUUUUAGUACUCACUUUAAGUCACUUAGCUAGACCUUCAUUCAUUAAACAAACAUCUGUUGAGUAUUCCUUUGGGACCAGAUGGUAUGUUGGACUCUGAUGUGGCAAAUACUAUUCCCAUUCUUACAGACUUAGAUGAGGGGAGAAUCUAAAACCUAAAUUCCUGAGAAUGGGGUAUUGACAUGGGGAAGGCUAUUGGUCUCUGCAAACCCCAGGAAAGUAUUAAGAUACCAAGGCUUUACAGAAGGCAGAGUUGAACAAUGAAUUAAAACUAGGGGAUUGGUUCAAAGCUUGCAUUAGAUGCCCCCAAACAAUGAAGCUAGGUGACUAAGCUUUGUUCCACCCUAGAAGAGGCUCUGGAGAGAUUGAACCAUAGUGGUUCCCAAUUCAGGAACACAAAUAAGUUGAUAAACUGAAAAUGGGGAACAAGUUAAAGUCUACACACUUAAAGGGGAGACUUUCCAGUCCCUUCUGCUAUCCCACUCCCAAAAUAUUGACAGUCAGGCUUAUACCUUCAGGCAAGAGAUUGAAAGAUCCUUUUUGGGAAAACAACUCCAGAAAAAGUCCUACAGAUGUAUAUGGAGGGUCCACCAACAAAAACAACCUUAGUUGAUAACCCUUUUGAUUACAUUAAAGCCAAGUCAGCAACAGCCUCCAGUAUGAAGCCCUCCACUCUCACCAACAAACUGCACACAUCCAUCUUCCCACCAACACACUACAGUAGUCUCCCUUUUUCCACAGGGGUAUGUUCCAAGACCACCAGCGGAUGGCUGAAACCUUGGAUAGUCCUGAACCCUAUUUGUACUGUGUUUUUUCCUAUGCAUAUAGACCUGUGAUAAAGUUUAAUUUAAAAAAUUAGGCAUAGUAAGAGAUUAACAACAGUAAGAAUAAAAUAGGACAGCCAUAACAAUACACUGUAAUAAAAGUUAUGUGAAUGUAGUCUCUCGAAAUACCACGUACUAUACUCCCUCUUAUGAUAUGAGAUGACAAAAUGCCUAUGGGAUGAGAUGAAUGAUGUAGGCUUUGUGACAAAGUUAAAGCUGCUUUGACCUUCUGAUACAUCAGAAAGAGAAUCAUCUGCUUUCAGACUGCAGUUGACCUCAGGUUACUGAAACUGUGGAAAGCAAAACUAUUGAUGAGGGGAGACUUGCUGUAUAUAUCGACAACACAUUACAACUCACUUUAAUAGCUAAGGAUCAGCAGACAUUUGAGGAAUGCUUCCAGCAUGAAUAAAAAAAUCAAACAGGAAAAAAAAAUUUAAGGAAGCAGAUAAUUCAGGUAAUGGGGGGAAAUAACUUCAGAAAAUUAAAUCUUCAGACAGAUGAGAUGAUCUUGCUUCUCUGAAAUGUGAACAAAAUGUUACUUUUUAAAUGGACUUUUCAGAGAACAAGAACAGCUCUUGGAAAUUAAAAAUAUGAUAGUUCAAAUUAAACACUCAAACACUUCUGAAAGAUAAAUAAGAAAAAGCUCAAUCCAGGAAGUCUAACUAAACUAGCAGGGGUUCCAGGAAGAGAAAACCAAUGGAAGGAAAGGUAAUAUUUAAAAAUAUGUAUAUUUGUAUACAAGGCAAUUUCUCAGAAAUAGAUGACAUGAAUCUGAUUGAAAAUGCCAUUAGUAGCCUGCCCAACGGGGAAAAUGAAAACCUAAAGCAAAGCACAAAGUUGUGAAAUUUCCUAACACUAGGAUAAAGAGAAGAUCCUUAGAAAACAGAAUAGCACCAGCCUUCUCAAUGACGUCACUGAAAGAUAAAAGGCAAAAGAGCAAUACUUGGAGUUUUACCUAGAAUUUUAUUCCCAGCCAAAAGAUGGAUAUGACAUUCAAAGAUUCAAAAACAUUUUAUCCCAGCUUUUCCUUUUCUGAAAGCUAUUACAAGUACAUGUACCAGAAAAACAUCAAAGGA